UGGCAGUUGGCAUCAGUGUCAUUUCUCUUAGCGCGAGACAAGGAGAACAGUGGGGAGGUGAGAAAAAGGCACGAGCUGUUCACCUGCUAAAACACCACACGGAAAAAACAGUUCAAAAUAGGAAAUAUGAAAACUGUCAUCUGACACCAUCAUAAUCCAGUAAGAGCACAAUGCUGACUCUUCCGUUUGAGGAUCCUGUCAUCAUGGACACUCAAUUCGGGGCUAACUUUCCACGGGACUGCGUGGGUGAAAUGAAGGUCACUAAACAAGAGCCAUUUAAAAAGGAGGAGACGCUCUCCCACACGAUGGAGGAUGAGAAUUCAGAGAAGGAUGAGGAUGAACAGGAGGACGGACAGGACGCGAAUGGUCUGCCUCGGAGGAGAGGGCCUCGGAAAAAGAAAAUGACCAAAGCUAGGGUGGACCGGGUCAAGAUGAGGCGCAUGGAGGCCAACACCAGGGAGAGGAACCGAAUGCACGGUCUGAACAACGCCCUGGACAGCCUGCGCAAGGUGGUGCCCUGCUACUCCAAAACCCAGAAACUGUCGAAAAUCGAAACCCUGCGCAUGGCCAAGAACUACAUCUGGGCACUUUCCGAGAUCCUGAGCACUGGGAAGAGGCCUGACCUCUUGACCUUCGUUCAGACCCUCUGCAAAGGGCUCUCGCAGCCCACCACCAACUUAGUGGCCGGAUGCCUGCAGCUGAACGCCAGGAACUUCAUCACGGAUCAGAUCAACAGCGAGGCGUCUUUCUCUGGUAGGUCGCCCUACGAAUCCGUGUACACGACCUACCACAGUCCGGGUGUGGUGACGCCCUCUGGACCCUCGGUAGAUGCCGUCAAACCCUUCAGGCCAUUCAACUACUGCAGCACCUAUGAGUCUUUCUAUGAGAGUGUCUCGCCGGAAUGCGGAAGCCCUCAGUUCGACGGUCCCUUAAGCCCACCUAUUAACUUUAACGGGAUCUUUUCCCUCAAGCACGAAGAGCCGGUCGAAUAUGGCAAGAGCUGCCACUACAGCACGCGCUAUUGCGCCGUGCCGCCGCGCUCCUCCAUCAACCAGAGCGCGAGAGGCUCCUCGGAUCUCCAUUUCCCAUAUGACAUUCCCCUCCGCGGCCAGUUUUACCCCGUGCAAGAAGGAUUAAACACUUUUCAUAAUUAAUGAGAGAAAGUCAAACGUGAGUGAAAAGGACUGAAAAUGCAGGACUUGAAAUCGCACAUGUAUUGUUUAUAAAGUCCAUCUCUAAUUUGGGUUUUAUGCCAUCGGAUGUUUUAUUAUUUAUCCUUUUUUAAUUAAAUGUAAAAUGUGCUUACAGUGUUUCUAAUUAUUGUUAGAACUGAUUUUAAACUGUUCGACAAAAUGUGUGGUCUAAUGGAAAAACAAUCCACAAACAACAGUGUUUUACGCUGAGUUUCUCGUUUAUUUUCGGUUUAAUUUAAUGGCUUGUAUGAUAAAUCUGAAAAUCUGUCAGUAAGGACUCUUGCUCCAAAAGGCAUCUUUUAAUUAUAAGGUCAUUCAAAUAUUUGCGAUGAAAAUUCAGUAAAAUAGGAGAGCAAUAAUUGCUAAGGGUGCUAUGCAAUACACAAGUCUAUAUAAUUCUCGAUCUGG